UACUUGAAAAUUGAUAUUUAGAAGAUGAAAAUGAAAAAAAGAAAUCCAAACAGUUCAAAAAUUAGACCGCGAAACAAGUCAAGGGGGGAAACGAAAGGACCCCCCAAACCGAAGCAGCCACCGCGAUUUAUGAUCGGAACUCCACCGUCCAAUCUCACGGCGGAGUUCAUUUCAUCUUCUCCGCUGAGUUUUCCAAUGGACGGCUAGGGUUUCGCUCUCGUAUUUCUCCACCUUCCUUGUAAAUAUUGUACAAUUAUCUGUUCUACCUAUCUUCAAAUUUCAUAGAUUUCUUCCAAAUUUGUGGACUUAGGUUUGCUCUUCUGGAAGUUUUUUUCCCCCCGACGCUCUGGUUGCUUACUGGAAAAGUUUUCAUCAGGUAUCUCCUGGAGUUUUGAUUCUUUUGCGCGAAAUUUGGUCACCUCGACUACUAAACUGCAUGUAACAAUUCUCGCUUGAUUCUCUUGCGAUCUGCAGAUUUCGACAAUGUACAGAGAUUUAAGCGAUUCUUGUAAUUGUAACUUUUUGGAAAAGAAAUGUUGUUUAGAAUCCUUUUGUUUUUCCGUUCAAAGAAUUUGAAUCUUGAAAUUGGAUGGUUUGGCCCUUGAAAUGAGUGCUCCUAAUCGGUUUGUCCCUGAGGCUCGGGGCGAUUGGCGGCCAUUGCCUCCAUAUCCUGAUGCUAGACUCCAAUCAUUCCAUCAGCCUACGAUGUCUGAAACUGUUUCUAGUUGGGGGAUGCCUUCAAAUAUUAGGAUUCCACCAUGGAACAAUCGGAACGUUGGGUAUGACCAUGAGUUGGACUUGGGGCGUUUGUAUACUCCAGGUUUUAAUGAUACUCACAGAAGGUUGCCUUCCACACCAGGAAUUGAAUUCCAUGAAGGUCAAUUGUCAGAGCGUUCGAUUGUUGAUUGUCGAACUGGAACCUCAAAUGAAAUGAAAGUAUGCAGACAGUUCCAACGCCGGAGAAAAUGUGCAUAUGGGGAUCAGUGUCGUUUCCUUCAUGAAAUUCCUGAGAAAACUAGGGAGUUUGGCUCCUCCAGCCAAAAUUAUGAGGUUAGAGCAGUAGCCUCUGGUCAUGUUGUGGAUCGAAGAAGUGGGUUUGAUCAAUUGGAAGAAGUCAGAUCAAAAGUACAAACGAAAAUUGUUGUCCGUGGUGAGAUCCCAAAGCCUUUAAUUUGCAAAACAAGGCCCUGUUACCCCUGGCAGACGACUGGUCGCUGCCCAUAUGGGGCGGGUUGUCGCUUUGCCCAUGGAGAAGCAGGCAUUGAUAUUGCCCUUGUCUUCUUUGUUUUUGGAGAAAAUAGAACUACAGAAGCCUGAGCCCUGCAGUGCAGCACAACGUGGGAGCGUAGGUGGUGCCUCUUUAACAACUUCUACUGUUACCGAAGCUGGAUUAAGGAGCAGCACAGGAAUUGGAACAGACUGUAAGAAUAAAGGGCCAAGAAUGAACCAAUUCUUUGAAUCAAAGGAGUCUAAGAAGUUGAUUGGCAUUUAUGCUGACUGGCUCGAAGAUUGAGUUUUCUGCAUGACUUACAGAACAGAGAUUUGACCAAAUGCCGAGGCUUUUUCAAAUUCUCAUAAAUUGGUUGAGAAAAUGAAGGUUCUUCCUGAACUUCAUUACUUCAUAUUGAUAUUGAAUAUAGCGUAUGGAUAAUAGAUACCAUUCUUAACAAGAAUAUGACAAUUCUCUUUUUUGUGCAUGACUCCGGAAUAUAGUAGCAAAGGCAAGAAUCAAGAUGAUUAGUCUGUUCAUGACAUUCCAUCUUUCGGCUUGUUUAGUUUACUUUUUGACAGAGAUAUAAAAGUAGUAGUAUGAAGAUUUGAACUCUAACCAAAAACUGUUUCCCAUCCAACCAUUGAAAUGACUGAUAAUAUAGUUAUAGUUAUGAAUGAUAAUAGCCUGUUACCUAAUUAGGACUUUAGAAGAUAGCCUGUGACUUUAUUAGAAGGCUGAAGACAGAGGACUCCAGAUUCAUGUGGGACAUGUAGAUGAGAAUUGAGAAGUGAUGCAGGGUGGUAUUUAGAGUAAUUAA